UUUCGGUGUCAAACUCCAGGAAAUGAAAGUGAAAGAAAGUCAUCGCUGGAGAACAGUAAGGUCGCUUUCUAUCUAACUUACGAGAUCAUUUAUUCAGACCUUUAGGCUUCCUGAUACACGCAGAAGUUUUGCAGUUACACACAGAAAUGUCUGCCGCCAGCUGCAUGUUUUCUAAAGAGCAGUUUCUGUGCUCCAUCUGUCUGGAUGUGUUCACUGAUCCAGUCUCCAUACCAUGUGGACACAACUUCUGCAAGAGCUGCAUCACUCAUCACUGGGAUGUUAAUGCCCCGUGUCAGUGUCCGUUGUGUUCAAAGGUUUUUAACAGUAGACCUGAGCUUCACGUCAACACGUUCAUAUCAGAGAUGGCUGCUCAGUUCAGACAGUCGGCUGUGAAGAAAUGCAGCAGAAUGUCUCUGAAGAAAAACACCAACUCUGGAGAAGUUCUGUGUGACAUCUGCACUGAAUCCAAACUGAAGGCUUUAAAGUCCUGCCUGAUGUGUCUGACCUCCUACUGUGAGACUCACCUGGAGAAUCAUCAGAACAUGACAGGUCGGACGAAACACGAGCUGGUCGAUCCUGUGGAGAACCUGCAGGACAGAAUGUGUGAAAGUCACAGCAGACCUCUGGAGAUGUUCUGCAAGACGGAUCAGAUGUGUGUGUGUCUCAGCUGCACUGAAUCAAAUCACAAGCUUCACUGUAUUGUUCCCUUGAUGGAGCAAUUUGAAAAGAAGAAGGCUGAGCUGAGUGAGACGGAGACUGAAAUUCAGAAAAUGAUCGAGGAGAGACAUCUGAAGAUUCAGGAGAUGAAGGAUUCAGUGGAGCUCAGCAGGGCAGAUACUGACCGGGAGAAAUCAGACAGCGUGCAGGUCUUCACAGCUCUGAUCCGGUCUGUCGAGGAAGGCCUGGCUCAGCUUCUUGACUUACUUGAGGAGAAGCAGAAAAGAACAGAGGAGAAGGCUGAAGGCUUCAUCAAAGAGCUGGAAGAUGAAAUCUCUGAGCUGAUGGAGAGAAACACUGAAGUGGAGCAGCUCUUAAGCACUGAAGACCACCUCCAGUUCCUCCAAAACCUCCCAUCCCUGAACCCUGAUCACCCACCCACUAAAGACUCUACGGAGGUCAGAGUUCACUCAUCAUAUGAGGGGAUGGUGAGGAGCGCUGUGGCUCAGCUGGAGAAGAAACUCAGUGAAGAAGUGAAGAAUCAGCUUGAGUCUGAGCUGAGGAGGAUCCAGCAGUAUGCAGUAGACGUCACUCUGGAUCCUGAUACUGCAAAUCCAUUUCUCAUUCUGUCUGAUGACGGGAAACAAGUAUAUUAUGGUAAAAGACAGAAUCUCCCAGACAACCCAGAGAGGUUUUCUAAGACAGUUUGUGUUUUAGGAAAGCAGAAUAUUUCUGCAGGAAAGUUUUAUUUUGAGGUUGAGGUUAAAAAUAAAAGUAAAUGGGAAUUAGGAGUGGUCCUAGGAUCAAUUAACAGGAAGGAAACAAUCUCACCAAGACUAGAGACAGGCCCUUGGAUUCUGAUGUUGAGGAAUGGAGGUGAUUACAAAGCUGUCAGCGUUCUCCUCUCUCUGAAGUCGAAGCCUCAGAAGGUGGGCGUGUUUGUGGAUUACGAGGAGGGUGUGGUCUCUUUCUAUGAUGUAGAUACAGCAGCUCUUAUCUACUCCUUCACCGGCUGUAACUUCACUGAGAAACUCUUCCCCAUCUUUGGUCCCUGUUCAGAUGACCGUGCCCCUCUGAACAUCAUUCCUGUGAGCCAAACACAGUAAAUAAAUCAUUAAAUGAUCUCAGUGUGAGAUAAGCUUUGUGUUGGUGGUGAAGCGGAGAGCACCAUUAACACACCUACCCAUAGAUUUUUAAUUGAUUUGAGAUCUAGGACAAACAUCCAUCUCUGUGCAGGGGAUCAACAAGUGGAGAGCUCAAACUGGAUCCAGACUGGAGUCGUUCUAAACUCAAACUGGAACAGUUCAUAAAGAGGACUCAGUCUUGUGGUCAUAUUUGAUCUUGCUCUUCCUGUUUUACUUUGUUUUAUUGUACGAUAGUUUGUAUCCUGUACUCUUCUGUCUGUUGUUGCUGUGCUUGUUUGGGUCUGUUCAUCUGUUGUUGACGUUGAUGUCUUUUACAGAACCAUCUAGGGAGGGCGAUGCAAAUUAACUUCGGCUGUAAAAGCUGUGGUGUGUGGCAUCACUUUACUUGCUCCAUACUUGUCCUUAUACAAAUAGGUACAGGCUGGGUGUUCUCCUCUAGAACAAACUUAGACACUGGAUUGUUACGUGUGCGUGUAUUUGGGGUUCUCAGUUCAGUCACUGUAUGUUAACGAGUCUGAUAGCUCGGAGGAAGACGAUCUCGUGAAUCAGAUGAUGAAAAUGAUGAUGAAACGUUGUAAUGAAGAGGUACUUCCUUCCUAGUCGUGCACCGGUUUAAAGGCCGUGGUCUGGGCACUUUAUGGAGUCACAUCAUCAAUUUGCACACUAAGGUAUCUUGGUUUUGUCUGGAAGUUUUGCUCUAGGCUGGGGGAGGAGUCCAUGGGUGGAGAUACCAGGGGAGGGGAGGGGAUUUUUUACCAGAAUCCCACUGUGACAUCACAAGGAGAGCAUAUUUGAAACAGAGCAUUUUUCUCUGUGUUGUAAGACUUAUGCAGACCACAAACAAAGGACUGGAUGGGUUUAUUUCACAUUUUGUGGGUCAGUCGACACUCAGGUUACCCAAAUAUAUGUUCAAAAACACUGUAACAGUGUUCAUAAUAUGUCCCCUCUAAACUAAUGGAUCUGUGCUCAGUGUCAUUAAAGUCACAUAGAAACUCAAGACGUGUUUAAACUCAGUGACGUUUAUCCAGAAGAAAAGCUGAUUUAAAUUCCCUCUGACUUCAAAGAGAGAGUUUCCACAUAUUCACUCUCCAGACUUUAACGCCUGAAGGCCUCAAUCAGGAAUACCACAUUAAAUAUUUCCUCUAAACAAUCUUCAAAAAAACAUUUCUCCAAAAAAUGUUAAAAAUCUUAAAUUGAUGAGAAAACAUGAGCGGGAGAUGACUGCUUUAAAUGACGAGACAUGAAGCGACCUUGUUUCAAAUGUUUCAAAUAUAAACUAUUUAAAUGGGUAUGUUGUUAAAACUUGGACGCACAUCUGUAAAAAUGAAUCUAAACGUAGAACAUGUAAACAUGAUGAACAUCUGUAGUAAUCAGAUGUGUUUCCUGCUCUUCACAUUUUAAUGCUGUCUGCUUUUUGGAUUUGUCUGUGUUGAUGUUUUUAUACGAUGUCUCUUGUAUUAGUGCGGUAAAUAAUGUUAUGACUAUAUUU